AUCACUGUGCGGUGGUGACGUGUGGCGUCUGGGAGCUGUCCCAGGAAUCAUGGUGCUGAAGCUGCAGCACCAGUUCAGCAGCCAAUGAUCACAGGAGAAUCCGGGGCUACGGAUGCUUUCACCCGGAGCAGGACAGUCCGACCAUCGCGUUGGAUUUAAACGGACGGAUUUAAACCCUCCUGCUUGCUCCUCGGACAUGGAAAUUCGAUAAUUAGGGAUGUAAACCUCACUGAGACUUGCCAGCGACCUGCAGUCUGGCUGAAAAUCUAUGGGAAAAAAAAAUCCCGAAACUGUGAGUCGUGUAGAAAUCGGUGUAGCUCGCCAGGUAAGACAGAUUUUUUCGCUUCCCUAACAUGGCACGCCAUCGAUCGACUUAACGUGCUGUGAAAAGCUUACAGGACGUCGACAGCUCUACCGGUUUUAAAGCGUGGCUUUCGUUGUUGUUGCUGGAUUUUAUUUUUUUUAUUUUUUAUUUUAAGAUUGAGCGCUGACAUUUUGUUCUCUAUCUCAGUUCUUUGUACCAAAGGCAGAUUUAAAUCUUGGUCUCUGCACACGUCGCGAAUCCGGAGGGAGAAGCCCGUCGAGAUAGUUUAUGUUGUAGAGAGCAGGCAGACUAUUAAGGCCAUGAAAUGACAGUGGACAGUGAGUGAGCGGGCCAUAACCUUAUUACUUGAAUGCAUAUUCCUAUCAGUCUCGUAUUUGACUUUCCUCUAAUAGCCGUUUCAUUCAUUGAACUUGGGCUAAUGGCUUCAGACACUUGUUUGCAUAGGACGGAUUUUUUUGCAUUUUAUAUCCACACCCUCGUGGGAAGACAAUAAAAAGCACCCAACCUAAAUAAAGUGGAUUUAAAAAAACAAACAAAAAAAUCUUAAAAGGCUGCUUUGAAACCAAACAAGCGCUGGAAGACGCACCUCAGCCCCCACUAUCCCAUCCCACCACAUAUGAAGAAGUGUUUGCUUAUGACGGGGACGCAUAGAGUACAUACUGUUUUCUUCCAGCACCUUUGGAUGGUGCUGUGAGUUUCUGGCCGGAGACAGCCUGAUGCUGCGCAGACAGGGCAUGCUGAAGAGCCGCUGUUGCGUCUUGCUUGGUGACCUGAGGGUGCUCCUGCUCGGGCCACCGGCGCCGCCGACACCGCUUCCUCCGCUGACCCCCAUGAGCGGCCAGGCUUCGGAAAGCCAUGAAACAAGCGUCACCGUCCCCGAGAACAACAACACGUUAACGCGGAGCCACCAGCACCCCGGGGACCGAACUGCCCAGCCUGCUGCGGGAGCCACCGGGCCACCGGGUGCAGAGCGGCCGGUGGCGGGCUGGGUCGAUGCUGCAGAGCUGUCGGCGGCCCUGCGCGGCUGCAGCAGCUCCUCCGAUGACUGCUCAAAGGGCAAACUGGAGGAGAGGUUCUCUCUCACAAGCUACACGGAAAGUGGCUUCAGGACGCCUGUGUGCAGGAUCUGCUUCCAGGGACCAGAGCAUGGGGAGCUCUUGAGCCCAUGCCGGUGCAGCGGGUCAGUGCGCUGCACCCACCAGCCCUGCCUCAUCAAAUGGAUCAGUGAGAGAGGCUCCUGGGCCUGUGAACUCUGCUACUACAAAUAUCAGGUCAUUGCCAUCAGCACCAAGAACCCCCUACAGUGGCAGGCUAUCUCCCUGACAGUGAUAGAGAAGGUGCAGAUAGCAGCAGCUAUCUUGGGCUCCCUCUUCCUGAUGGCCAGCAUCUCUUGGCUGGUGUGGUCGUCUUUUAGCCCGUCAGCCCGCUGGCAGCGUCAAGAUCUGCUUUUCCAGAUCUGCUACGGCAUGUACGGCUUCAUGGAUGUCGUCUGCAUCGCAUUAAUUGUCCACGAGGGACCUUCUGUGUUUCGCAUCUUCCACCGCUGGCAGGCCGUGAACCAGCAGUGGAAGGUUCUGAACUAUGAUAAAUCGAUGGACAGCGACGACCUGAAGGACGCCGCUGUAGACAGGACUCUAUCUCAGCCCACCCAGGGCUACCAGACUGGGAUAGGAGUAUCCACCUCCACCUCCUCGCUGAUGGUGGUGGCCUCCACUGCCGCCGGCUCCACCUCCACGACCGUGGUGACGGCCGCCGGAGGAGUGGGAACACACGUGGACCCCAACAGCGGCAGCGCAGUGCCAGACCAACACUGUCCAUACAACAUCCUCCACCUGCUCAGCCACCUGAGGCAGCCGGAGGCCCGAAGCCAACCCAGCAAUAGCACAAGAGAGCUGGUCAUGAGGGUUACUACAGUCUGAAGAGUCAGUUGAGGCCUUAUCUCACACGAAGGGGAGAGAUUUUUGAACCAGCUGACAGCUGAAGAAAAGAUCCUGUCUUAACUGCACUGGAUUAAUAUCAACACGAUCUUGUUUGUUUGAAAAUGCAUCUCUGAUGUCCUUACAUUGAUUGAAUAAAAGUCAAAGUUGUUUGAUUUGCAGAA